AGCAACAUUUUGAGCCAAUCGGCGUGGUGUGUUGGGUGGGCCUUUUUCUAACGGAGAGAAAUGUCCCAGGCGUUUGCGCUGUCUUUUUAAAUAAAAUGGACUAGCGCAUGACGGUUAUUUUGGUAAUCUUAGCUUAUACACCAGGCAAAAUAUGUAUUUAGGGAGAAAAAGUCAGAUUUUUACCCGAUUGUUUACACUUUCUUUUAAUAUCUACUGUUAGAUGUAAUGAGAUGUAAAUUACAGUCCAAAAUGACUGACCGCCUGUUGUUUCAUGGACUUGGAGCCCGAAAUAUGUGACUACGGCAAGUGAGAGAAAUGCAUCAUGGGCAAGAAUGGGACGAAGAGUUGGCCAGCAUGUUACAAAGCAGCCUGCAUCACUUCAGCAUGCGGGAAACAAAGAGAACAGUUUGCCUGAGGAUCCCCUUCCUGCUGCUGUAUGAGGCUGUAGCCUCCUCCACUUGAAGCUGAGCUGGUUUGUGUGUAAGUGAAAGUGGACCCUGCCAGCCUCCAUGGCUCAUUCAUCAGAACCGCCCCGCAGGGAGAAGACCCCUGGUUCCCAAGGGUUACACACCGCAACACGCAACCUCUUACGGAAGAAGGAGCAGCGGCGACGGGGAAUUCGAUCCUCGUCACCCAUGGGCCGGGUCAUCCUUAUCAACUCUCCUGUGGAUGGUGGAGAUGACAGUGAGGAUCUCCAUACCAUCACAGUGGAUAAGAGUGUCGAUGGAAAACUGGGCUUCAGCGUGCGUGGAGGCUCUGAACAUGGCCUCAGCAUCUUUGUCAGUAAGGUGGAGGACAACAGUACAGCAGAGGAAGCAGGCCUGCUGGUUGGUGAUAAACUGGUGGAGGUGAAUGGGAUCAGCUUAGAGAGCAUCACCAUGAGCAGUGCUGUGAGAGUGCUGACUGGAAACAACAGGCUGAGGAUGGUGGUGAGACGUGUUGGAAAAGUCCCUGGUAUCCGCUACUCCAAGGAGAAAACUACAUGGGUGGACUUGGUACAAAGACGUAUGGUUGUGGAGGAGAGCGGACGGACUCCUUCAGACGCCAGUUCAGGAACUGCUCUUCAAAGGAUCGUUCACCUGUAUACAACCUCAGAUGAUUACUGCCUCGGCUUCAACAUACGUGGAGGAAAGGAGUUUGGUCUGGGCAUCUAUGUUUCCAAACUGGAUCCUGGUGGUCUGGCUGAGCAGAAUGGCAUUAAGAUAGGGGACCAGAUCCUGGCUGCUAAUGGUGUGAGCUUUCAGGACAUCAGCCACAGUAGUGCUGUGGAGGUGCUGAAGAGCCACACACACAUCAUGUUGACCAUCAAGGAAGCAGGUCGAUACCCAGCCUAUAAGGAGAUGGUAGCCGAGUACAGGUGGCUUAAUAAGUUGGCCAACGGUGCUCAGACGUCGUCCUCCCAGGGUUCAGACUCUAACUCCUCAGCCUCUUCUCUGUCCUCUGGGACUCCUGUCAGCUCUCUGAGCGGCCUGUCUCAGGUCAUGUUCCCCCCCAGUCUGCCGUUUGGCUCAGACAUGGUGGAUGUCAGCAUCUCCACCGAAGACCUGAGGUUUGAGUCUAACCGCACAGAGACUGCCAUGCAGACAGAGAUGUCUUCACAGAAGAUGGGGACGGACACCACUCGCAGCCUUGGACCAACCACUCUGCUCAAAGACACAAUGAUCGGUGGAGGAGAGGACAGUGGGCGGAAAGAGUCGCCCAAGACAGCCAUGCUGCUGGCUCUCAGCAGACCGAGCCGACCAAUCAGAAGAUCACAGAGCCAAGUCACUGUGGCAGAGAUCACACAGCAGAAGGUAAAAAAGCAGAAAGGAAAGGAGCCAGAGGAGAAGAGCACUCUGCAGCGCUCAAAGACCUUAGUUAACUUGCUGUUCAAAAGUGGACGCAAGAGAGACACUUGCAGGGGGCGCUCCAAGUCCCCGUCCACCGACAAGGCCAGCAAAGGACGAAAGCAUGUGAUGCCAAAUUCAGAGAUGCUUGGAGUGGUGGAGGACAUGGCCCACAGGCUGCUGACAGAGGAGGAGGUAGCUGCCGUGAUGUCCACAUGUCGACGGUACGUUGCAGAGCAGUCGGUGGAGAACUUGAUACAACACCUGCUGACAGUGCUGGACCGCCCUGAGAAACUGCUGCUGCUGAGGGAAGUCAGAGUGCUGCUUCCUCCAUCUGACCUGAGUCUGUUCAAUAACAUGGUGACUACGAUUGAAGCUGAGGCCUAUGACAUCCUCAAGUUUCGCUCAGUCAGAACUCCUCCUCUACGUUCUCCAAUGUCUGGUAGAGCACCAAAAAGGCGCCUCAUCACUCCCAUCCCAGAUUACAGGGGAGGAUUUGAGUUGCACCAUGCUGAGGAAGUGGAGAAAGAGAGCCAUCUACUGGAGGAACUGGAGAAGCUCAGUUUGUCUGGAACCCGUUUGUCCAGGGAUCGGCACCAGAUCUCCUCAUCCUUCAGUCCGCUGCUGGACAUACCAGUGGAUGGAUACGACACCGUGUCCAGAGAGGUCAAACCUUUCACCAGCCCCAUCGUGCCCAACUGGCUGCUGGCCCGCAGCAGUGACUCGGACACUCCUCUCCGAACAGACAUUUGCACUGUUCGCUCUGUGCACUUUGACGAGGUGUCACUGCACUCAGCUGCAGACAGAGCAGACGUGGACAGAGGAUUUAAAAACGGUCACACUAAAGGCAAGAAGGACAGAAAUGGAGAGAGGAGUAAAGAGCCUGUGUUCACUCUGCAGAGUGCUGCGCGCAGGAGUCGCCCUCUGCUGUCACAGGUGUUUGGCCCACAACAGCAUGUGGAGGGUAAACACGUCAAUGGCCAUCAGGUGUCUUCUGGGAAUGGACUUAAUGGUCUGGACACUGAGCAGGAGUAUGAACUCAAAACCGUGAGCAUCUCUAAGACCAAACAGUCACUGGGCAUCAGUAUAUCUGGUGGGAUCGAGUCAAAGGUUCAGCCUGUGGUGAAGAUCGAGAAGAUCUUUCCUGGAGGAGCCGCUUCCACCUCUGAAGUACUCAAGGCUGGAUUUGAGUUGGUGUCCGUGGACGGAGUCACGCUCCGAGGAGUAACCCAUCAGCAUGCUGUGGACAUCAUCCGAAAAGCCUUCAGUAAUAAGGCCAAAGACCCCAUGGUGUUUGUGGUCAAAGUCCCCAAGAGCAUUUAAAUAAACUGAGAAAUUGAAUCUCCAAGAUUUCAGCAAAUGUGCUGAUUUUAAUUUUACUUUCUUAAAACAUUUAAGCCAGGAUCUUCUUU